AUGGCUGUACUGGAGGAAAAUCACUGCCAAACGCGAGAAGAGCUUGCAGUCGUGCUUGGUGUAACUCGUCAGGCCAUAUCAACACGGCUGAACGCGCUAGGCAUAAUACAGAAGGAGGGCAAAUGGAUUUACUCGAAAGGUGCUGAAAAGAAGGUCUCCAAAAAGUCUGAGGGUGGUGCGGCCAAGAAAUCCAAGGCAACAGCCGCUACCAAGAUACCCAAAGCCGCACCCGCUGACGGUGCGAAGAAGGCCGCCAAGAAGCCAGCAGCACCAGCAGCACCCAAGCAGAAAGCACCGAAACCAACCAAAGCCGUGGCAGCCAAGCCAAAAGGACCGAAGCCAAAGAAGGCAGCAACAGCUCCCCUCAAGAAGGCCGCUGUCCCGAAGAAAGCAGCCGCCCCGAAGAAAGCAGCCGCCUCAAAGAAAGACGCAACCAAGAAGUAA